AGCCGUUUCGGUUUUUGACGCCCGGUGCCCAGCGCGCCAUUACCCUUCAGUGCUCGGGUCGACAGAGGCUCGUCUCCGAGACAGGAUGCCGGCCAAGCUCAAGAUCGAGAACGUCAACCUUAGCGGCAAGCGUGUCUUCAUCCGUGUCGACUUCAACGUGCCCCAGGACAAGAAGGACCCGACGGUGAUCACCAACACGCAGCGCAUCGACGGCGCGCUCCCCACCAUCAAGUACGCGCUCGAGAAGGGUGCGAAGUCCGUGGUCCUCGCCUCGCACCUGGGGCGGCCCGACGGCUGCGUGGUCGAGAAGUUCUCGCUCGCCCCAGUCGCGAAGAUCUUGGUGGAGAAGCUUGGCAGGCAGGUCACCUUCCUGAAGGAGGCCUGCGGGCCCGUGGUCGAGGCGGCCUGCGCCGACCCCGCGCCGGGGUCCGUGAUCCUGCUGGAGAACCUGCGCUUCCAUGUCGAAGAGGAGGGCAAGGGCGUCGACGCUGAGGGAAACAAGCUGAAGGCCGACAAGGGCAAGGUGACGGAGUUCCGCGCCUCCCUCCGCAAGCUGGCGGACGUCUACUGCAACGAUGCCUUCGGCACCGCCCACAGGGCCCACAGCUCCAUGGUCGGGGAGGGUUACGAUGUCAAGUGCUCGGGGUUCCUGAUGUCCAAGGAGCUGGACGCCUUUGCCAAAGUCCUGGACACCCCGAAAAAGCCGGUGCUGGCCAUCCUUGGCGGGGCCAAGGUCUCCGACAAGAUCCAGCUCAUCAUGAACAUGCUCGACAAGGUCAACAAGCUCAUCAUUGGCGGUGGUAUGGCCUACACUUUCUUGAAGGUGAACGACGGUAUGGCCAUCGGCACCUCUCUCUACGACGAGGAGGGUGCAAAGAUCGUGCCUGACAUCAUGGCCAAGGCCAAGAAGCUGGGUGUUGAGAUCGUUUUGCCGGUCGACUUCGUGAUCUCCUCCAAGUUCGGAGAGGACGGCGAGAUAAAGUCGGCCACGAAGGCAAGCGGGAUCCCCGAUGGCUUCAUGGGCCUGGACUGCGGCCCCAAGUCCAUCGAGAUGAACGCGGCGGCAGUGGCUGCUUCGAAGACCAUCCUGUGGAACGGGCCGAUGGGCGUGUUCGAGAUGUCCAAGUUCGAGGCCGGCACAAAGAAGCUCAUGGACUCCGUCGUCGAAGCCACCAAGGCUGGCGUGGUCACCGUGAUCGGGGGGGGCGACACCGCCACGGCCUGCAAGAAGUACGGCACCGAGGAUAAGGUCACCCACUGCAGCACGGGCGGCGGCGCGAGCCUGGAGCUCCUGGAGGGGAAGCUGCUGCCCGGCGUGGACGCCUUGUCAGCCAGGCCGGGCAGCAGGAGCGCCUCUUGCUGCUGCGCUUUCUUCUGAGACAUGCCUGGCGCCGCCAGAACAAUUUUCAGAUUGGCCUGAGACCUUGAGGCGGCCUCUUGCGCCAGACGCGCCUGGACAGCUCAUCGUGCUUCAUGGCUCAGCGCUCAUCGCCUGGAGAGCCGAGGCGGAGGCCUGCCCUUUUCCAGGCCCGAGCCGAGCGGUCCCACCUCGCAGGCUCGCUCGAGGUGCCGCGGUUUUCGCCCGCCCACUCUGCGGCCGUCUUAGCCGCGCGGGCGCCCCACAGCCAGCGAUCGCAAGGGCAGUCGCCGGGCGAGCUUUGGUCCCGAAUUGCUCAUCUUUGCUUUGUGCAAGCACGCGCGUUGGGGCUCGAUGCGAUGGGGGCCUUGGCCAUUCUUUGGGAGCGAAG